CUCAGGCGCGCUCCCGUGACAGGGAUAACUACACCACACCUGCCCGUACAUGUCAUUUGGGAAGAAAAGAACUAGACAAACACACUGCUGAUGGAGACAACAGAUUGUUUAAAGGGAAUCUUUCUUCAAUGACAGCUGCUGCAGAGUUCAAACUUUUGGCUGGAAUUCCUGACAGUGGAUCAUCAGGAUUCAGCAAAGGGAUUUCUCCACAAAGUAGCUGCUUUUGGAUUGUCCAGCAACAUCAGAUGACAGCUCAGUGAAACUGCUGGUGUUUUAGCUGAUAUGCCCAGAAAGAGGACUCAAAGUAAUAAAUAACAGCUUCUACUAUAAAGUGGCACAGCCAUGGAACUCUGUUCAUCUGCCUGCAAUAUUUCGCACAGAGCAAAGUACUUUGUGCUGCUCGUUCUCUCGCUGUCGGUCGUGGCAUGGAUAAUAAUCUUUCCAGGUGACACUGUCACAUCAUUAAUUUCUUUUAACUCAACACACACUCCUGUCAAAGAAGACGGUCUUGGGGAUAAACUCCAUUCAACGACAGAAGAAGACUUUAAAGAAGAUGGUCUGGGGGAUAAACUCCAUUCAACGACAGAAGCGUCUAACCUAACUACUCCUCCUCAAAAGGUGGAUUGCCCCAAGGUCUCUCCUCUGCUCCAAGGACUCAGGAACCUGUCCUUUGAUUCCUCUCUGACUCUGAACGAUGUGGUGACUGAAAAUGAAAACGUGAGAGCGGGCGAGUACGAGCCCCCGGACUGUGCAGCGAGGCAGAGCGUGGCGAUCCUCAUCCCAUUUCGCAACCGGGAAAGACAUCUCGUCUACCUCCUGCAUCACUUGCACCCAUUUCUGCAGAGGCAGCAACUACACUACGCCAUUUAUGUCAUCCAUCAGGCUGGCAACGCAACUUUUAACCGUGCCAAGUUGCUAAACAUUGGAUACUUGGAAGCAUUGAAGGAUUACAAUUGGGACUGCUUCAUAUUCCAUGAUGUGGACCUUGUUCCUGAAGAUGAUCGUAACUUGUACGUCUGCGCCGAAACACCCAAACACAUGGCAGGUGGCCGGAACACGACAGGAUAUAAGAUGUCAUACCCCCGUUACUUUGGAGGAGUCACUGCUUUGACCAGAAAGCAGUUUGUUCAAGUGAACGGAUUCUCCAACUCAUACUGGGGUUGGGGCUGCGAGGAUGAUGAUCUUUAUGUCAGAUUUCAGCUGCAAAAGGUGACGAUUGUACGGCCUCCUAUAGCCAUAGCCCGAUAUAGCAUGGUGUUUCAUACGCGGGAUAAGGGCAAUGAAAAGAACAAAGACAGGUUUAAGUUGUUAAAAAAAACACAGGAGGUAUGGAUGAAGGACGGACUGAACAGCUGCUCCUAUAAGACUCUAUCAAUGGACAGACUUCCUCUUUACGUCAACAUUACUGUGGACAUUGGUAAACCGUAGAGUUUACACCUCGGAGCAAUUUAUUGAGCGUGAGCAUGUUUUUGGACUACAGAUGGAAACUGGAGGAAACCCCCAACACACUAGAAGAACAUGCAAACUCCACACAGAAAGGCCCGUCUGGCCCUGAAGUCUCUGUUGUCACUGCUGCCUCCUCUAAGUUUGCUGCGACAUAGCAGAAAUGCAGAACCUGUGAGAUUUUUGCUUUGACACAAAUAUGAUAACUACCAGAGACUCUGGUCAGCAGGUUUGUAAAAAGUAACAUGAAGUAAUGCUGAUGACAGGCAGACGACUGGAACUAAAAUUCCUGAAUCCAAAUCCACUGAGUUUAGACUUCUCUAAAUAUAUUUAACAAGAACACAGUCAUGUUAUCAGUCUGUGUUGAGGUCAGACUGGGCUACUAUCUGUACCAGUUCAUCCUUGAUUGCUCAGUUUUGUGGUUUAAAAUGACCUGAGGAAUGGUUAACAGUUUUUGGGAAUAUGAAUUUAAAACGUUUUUUUAAUUUUGUGCGGAUAACACAAGAAUGAGUCAAAAGUCCUUUCAUGAACAUUAGCGCAUGGCUGAAUAGACGAGCAAGAUUAUAUGAGUUCACAAGCUGUAUUUUUCCAUAAUAGUAAAUAGAACAGACAAUAGUAAAUUUUUCACAUAUCACAGACAUCAAGUCAUGGAUGGCAGUGAAUUUCCUACAGCUUAACCUGGACAAAACUGAGGUUUUAUUUAUUGGUCCCAAAGGCCAGAGAGAGAAACUUUUACCAAAACUACAAUAUUUUAAACCAGCACAAUUGGUUAAAAACCUGGGUGUGAUUUUUGACUCUGAGCUAGAUUUUAUUCCACAUAUUAAGAAUAUAACUAAUACACCUUUCCACAUGCCAAAAAAACCUGUCUAAACCCGCUAAUAAUCGGCUCCUCAUGGCAGCAGGAAAUGGUUCAACCUGCAUUUCGACCCGGGUCAAUAAACUCUGCAAGCGACCCGGGUUUUAAUCGGCUUGCCUCCGAUCGGCUUCAGCGUGAAAGCCAGACCUGGGUCGACACAGUAAUUUACGUGAUGAGUUCAACGUAGUGUGCCUACGUUAGCGCGCUUGUUGUUUUUGGACACAAAGUGAGAUAACCUUCGUCAAGAUGACCCAGCAUUGGCAAGAUAGCGAGAUCAGAAAGCUUCUCUUGAUCCUUGGGGAAGAAGAGAUUCGUCAACAGGUAACGGGGACUGUGCUCCGCUCCAUUGUUUACCUCGCUGUGCUCCGUCGUGCUGAUGAUGUCAUCAGCUUGGGACAUCAUCAGCACGGGAAAACGCAACCAGGCUGCUCGCCAGUAGGCGAUCAGACCCGGGUCUGCAGGGUCCUGCUAGUUUCAGUGGGACAGGGGUAUGAGAUUGGUUUUUAUCAAUCUUAAAGGCAUACUUCAACAUUUUGGCAAAUUGGCCCAUUUAGCGUAAUUCCUUAGUAAUUUCGAACAGCGUACUUACUUUUUUUGUGAGGGCGAGCUAUUGUUUAUUCAGAGGUGAGUCGGGGAAAGUUUUUG